CUUAUGUGAUAUAAAAAUGUCUUGAAUUCAAACAUAACAAAAAUUUGUGUCAACGUAAUCAUUUUCAUUAAAUACAGUUAAGUGACUGAUUAUUUCGGACUUUGAGAAUUAAAACGUGCCAAAUUAAAAAUGGUUUUAUCAGCUGCAGUCACAGCAACCACCCUAUUCAAUCCAUUAUCAUCAUCAUCUUCUUCUUAUUCUUUCAGUUCCCCUAUUUUCCCAAAACCUAACACCUUCGCUCCUUCCAAAUCCGACGCCGUUAACGCCCUGUGCACCAAACCCAAACUCCGAUUCAACGUCGCCGACAAGCUAAACAACAUCGCCUCCGAGUUCACCUCUCUCUCCCAACCCAUCGACCGCGUCAAACGCCUUCUCCACUACGCCUCCCUCCUCCCGCCCUUCCUUGACGCCGACCGGGUUCCGGCCAACCGAGUCGUCGGCUGCGCCACCAAGGUAUGGGUGGUGGCUGAGAUCGACGAGCGGCGGAGGAUGCGCUUCCGCGCCGACAGCGACUCCGAGAUUUCGAAAGGCUUCUGCUGGUGUCUGGUCUGGAUUCUCGACGGCGCGAAACCCGAGGAGGUCCUCAUGGUUGAGAGGGAAGAUUUGGCCGACGUCAAUGUCGGAUUGGGGAUGAGUCUCAAGGCUCACUGCCGCCAAAGAUUUGCUCUGAUUUCACUUUUUCCCUCUCACGCAAAUUUUGUAACAAUAGUUUUUCAUCUUCUCUUAAACUUGCCUUGGUUUUAUCGCAUGUUUGAUUAUAGCAAUGCAAAUUCCAUUCUAUCGGGAUAUGCUGGACAUAUAUCUAUUUCCUCUUCGAAUCUCAGUUUUUAUUAUGCUGCUACUUUUUAUAGUUUUUUAUUAUCAUCUUCUCCUCAUAUUUCAUACCGCCAAAAAUUAUAUUUAUAUGACCACUUUCCUGAUCAGUUUGUAGUUACAGAUGCUUGUAAAACCUAGAUAUUCCACGGUUGACAUGUUCUUAAAACAUGAUUCACGUGAG